CUUACUUUCAUUCAAUAACAACCCCAAUCACCAAGUGUCUGUGUGUGCAUUGUGUUCAUCUUCUUUCAUGAACUUCUCUCGAACCUAAAAGUGAAGCACAACUCUCUCUUCAGAGCACAUUAUCAAGAAUUAUUCAGGUAAGGAUCUCCUGGUUGCUUUUCAGUUAUUCGAUACUCAGUUUUUUCUUAAUCCAAAUUUCAGCUUGGAUGCUUCUACGUAAUCUGUUGAACAAAGCUGCUUUUCACUUUUUUUUUUGGAAAUUUAAGAGUGGAAUGGAUAGAGCAGAAGCCAAUAACAGAAACCGAAUCGGAUCGAUUAAAACAGCUGUUAGUUUGUACAGGGAGGGGAUUCUUGGGGGAAAGCCUGAGCUCCAAAAUACCCAAAUUGGUUUCUCAGAGCUACCUUCAAAAGCAAAAGCAAAGGAACUGUAUUUGGCAAACAGGGAAAUUGGUCGACUAGAUGAGAGCAGAAAGUUUGAAGAGUCUGUAAAAUCCCAAGCAGAACCUGAGCUUUUUAAUGCAAGAAAGAUGGUAAAGGAUCUCACCUUGCAGAUUGAGCAAUCGAAGUUGAACACAGAAGUGCAGAGACGGGAGAUUGAAAUACUGAAGCCGGAAAGAAGUGAAAAUGGGUUGUCAUUCAAUGUUGAAGUGGAUAAAUUUCAGUACGCGGAAAUGACGAAAGACCUAGAACUUGUGAAACAGGAAUUGAGUAGACUUAAGCUUGAUAUGGCUUCGGUUAAAGAAGCCAAAUUGUUGGUAGAAAAAGAAACAGAAGACACGAUAUUGAGAGCGAGGUCCUGUUCAAGCUCUGUGGAAGCACUGAGAAAAGAAAUUGAAGAUGCAAACGACGAAGAAGUACUUGCUCAGCUUGCUAAGAUCGAAGCAAUUAGUGAACUAGAAGCUAUUGAAGCUCAAAGACAGGCCGAAGCUACUAAAUUCUUAGACACAAUGGAGAAAACCAGAAAUAGAAUCAAGGACAUGAUCCAAGAACUUGACCAGGCGAAGAAGCUCGAAUCCAUACUGGCAAUAACAAGUGAGGACGUUGACGUCUUACAGAAUGAACUAAAGCUACUCAGGGCAAUGAAGUACAGGGUUGAGCAAAACGGAACUCCAGGUGGUACUGAGGUUGGUAAGGGAAUGGAAAAGCAGCCAGAAAAUUCAACAUUGUUACGGUCAGCAACUGAAGAACUAGAUGCAGCAAAGAAAGAAUUGACCCAUAUUAGAGAAGAAGGAUACCAAUUCAUGUCCUCCAUGGAUUCCAUAAGAGACGAAAUCAAGUGUGUUUCCAAAGAAUCAGCCCAUUUGAAGAAUUUAGAAGAUAAAGCAGAUUUAAAUGUUCAAAGUCUGAAUUCGAAGCUCCUCAACGCUAAGGCCAAGAUGGAAGUUGCAUCUGUAGCCGAGAAAAAGACAAAAGUAAUUCUUUCCGAUCUAUCAGCCACUCUUCAUCAGUUAGAAACAGAAAGAGAUGCAUCAAAGAAAGAGAGAGAGCUCGUUAGAGAAGAAGCUGCUGUCGUCCGAGAAGAAACGCAAAAGAUUGAAUCUAAAAUUGACUUGAUGGAGAGCGAGUUACAAGCUGCAAUGCAAGAGCUUGAAGCAGUAAAAGCAUCAGAAGCAAGUGCUCUUGAUAGCUUGAAAAAUCUUACUGAGAAAACCAUGAGAGAUAGAGCUACAACACCUGAGCAGAAGCCUUCAAUAACCAUUUCAAAAUUUGAGUAUGAAUAUUUGACUGGGCAUGCAGACGGAGCGAAAGAAAUGGCAGAUAAGAAGGUUGCAGCAGCUGAGGCAUGGACCGGAGCACUAGGAGCUUCUAAGAAGGAGAUGUUGAAAAUUGAAAUAGCAGAAAAAGAAUUGAGUCAGCUACAAGCAAUGGAGGAACAUGAGUCAUAUACAAAACAACAAAGUGAGAGAGACACCCAAACUGAAAAUUUGCAAGUCCAAAAGGCAUUACGAAGAAAAUCCAUGAAAGAUAAUGGCAACUCAACCCCAAGACGGGCCAAGCCACAUAGGCCUAGCUCACCAGGAGCUUGGUAUGUGGCUAAAUCUCCUUCAAUUGCUCACAAGAAUAAAAGGAAGGCAAUGCCCAACUUUGUGAGGUUCUUCAGCAGAAAAGGAACUGAAAAGAACCACUUAUCUGCCUGAGGGUAUCAUUAUUAUUGGGGGUGUACAUCUCCUACUACAGAAUCAGAGACGAAUAUUAUUACUAUUAGUUCUUUGGGUUGAUUUGAUAUUUCUUUAUUGGUCAGUUCACUGAAGAUUAAUCCUUUGCCUCUUAAUUACCUGCUAAACCUUUUCUUUUUAAACCCUAUCCCAUCUUUUUCCUUUUCUUUUUGUUCUCUUAUUAGUGCAUAAUUCCUGUCUAGAGACACAAUUUUGGCUUGCAUGGUAGAAAGGUACCCAAGUAGAUUUUAUUGUAGCUAUGCUUCUCUAACAUUGCUGGAACUUAAACAAUGAACUAUUGGAAAGGUACUUUUGCUUCAGAUUUGACCUUGUUUGUACGA